AAGACAAGCCUGAUAUCAUUACACGUAUUUUUAGAUCGAAGGUUAUUGAUAUGUUAGCCUUCAUAAAAUCAGGCAAGCCUUUUGGUCAGAUAAUUGCAGAUGUUUGUGCAAUUGACUUUCAAAAGAGGGGUUUGCCACACACUCAUAUAUUGAUUUGGCUACACUCAAAUUUUAAAUGUCGUACACCUGAAGAUGUUGAUUCCAUUGUUUCAGCUGAAAUCCCUGACAAAUUUACAGAUCCAAAAUUCUAUGAAAUUGUUUCAAGAUUCAUGAUGCAUGGUCCAUGUGGUCUUGCAAAUCUAAAAUCUCAGUGCAUGAACGAGGGAAUUUGCUCAAAAAAAUUCCCAAAAAAAUUCAAGACACAAACAGUUUUUGAUGAUAAUGGCUUUGUUUAUUACAGACGUCGUGAUCUUAAAGACAAUUUUGUUAUCAAAAAUGGCAUUCAGCUCAAUAACAGAUAUGUUGUUCCAUAUAAUAGGGAACUCUUAUUACGAUACAAUGCCCACAUAAAUAUUGAGAUCUGUUGUCAGUCAAUGUUAAUUAAGUAUCUUUUUAAGUACAUAAGCAAGGGCUCUAACAGAUGUAGAGUUGUUGUUGAAAAAGAUCGUGCUGAUGAGAUCCAUACGUAUAUGAAUUGUCGUUUUAUAUGCCCAUAUGAAGCGGUCUGGCGUCUUCUAGAAUUUCCAAUACAUUCAAGAUCACCUCCUAUUGAGCGACUUCAAAUCCAUUUGCCAUUGCAUCAAAAUGUUGUUUACUCGGGAAAUGAAACUCUACCAUCAGUACUUCAAAAACCAGGUAUUAAAAAAACAAUGCUCACAGAAUGGUUUGCACGUAAUAGAAUCGAUCAUGAAGCACGUCAACUUUACUACUCAGAAUUUCCACAUAAAUAUAUUUGGGAUCCUGGUAAAAAAGAAUGGAUUCCAAGAUCAAAAGGUUUUAGUCUUGGUCGAUUAACAUAUGUUCACCCUGCUUCAGGAGAGCUCUAUUUUCUAAGACUACUCCUUAACCAUGUAAGAGGAGCGUUAAGCUUUGAUUAUCUAAAAAAUGUUUCGGGUGUUGUGCAUCCAACAUUUCAACUUGCUUGCAAGACCUUGGGACUUUUAGGGGAUGAUAAAGAAUGGGAGGACGUCUUUUGUGAGGCCAUGGCUACUGCAACAUCUCCUCAAAUUAGGAAUCUCUUUGUCAGUGUUGUUCUUUUCUGUGAUGUUGCUGAUCCAGAAGUUUUGUUCAGUAAAUUCUGACGCUCAAUGUAUGAUGAUAUUAUCACCCGUUUCAAGUCUAGCUUUGUCAUGCCUAAUCUUAAAUUAUUCGAUGUUGAGCUUAAAAACUAUGUUCUAUAU